AUGCCCACUCUGACGGAAGCUCGGCUUUUGGGGGCGCUCGCAGCGGGCAGGCACGGUCAAGAAGCUGCCCCACCUUGGAUUAAGCACCUCCAGCUCUGGGGCCAGCACCAGCAAUCCACCAGCAAUCAUGGGAGCGGUGCGGCCAAGGAUGUGUUGUGCCAAUGCCGAAUUGGCCAGACUGGUUUGAUCGUAGCCCGAUUGCCAGAAAAGAGUGCCCACGCCACAUGCCCCGAGCCAGCCUCGCAAACACCACGAAACAAGGCCCGGCCAGCAUCAUAUUGA